AUGUCUUAUGAACAAGAGGCCAAAGUCUACGAAGUUGUCCUUGACCAUAACGGAGUCGCACGACGAGUCGCCAAAGGCCAUGGUACACAUUUAAUUCAUGUUUCCAAGCAUAAAGAAACCCGUAUGGAACAAAAGUCUGAUAUUGUGCUGCCUUCAUCGCUUUCAUCGCUUCCUCGCCCACCCGAUUGUGCUUAUUCAAGGGCUCCCAAAAUGACAUGGAAUACACCUUCAUCCGGUCGCCGUGUUAGCCCCAUCAUUGAUGAAAAAGAACCUCGCGAUCAUUUGGAUCGACAUCACACGCCACCAGUAGUCGCAGUACAGUAA